AGACCUGUAUAUUGCUCUCGAGUCUUGGCUCGCAAUCAACAGUCACAAAGGCUGUAUCCAGUAUCUAGUCGCAGCGGUGCCCUGCUCCAUUGCUUUGGUUCCCGCUUCCUCUAUUUUUCAACUCUGCUGAUAUACGUGAGAGCUUGCAAUGGAAGCUGACACUUCGUCAUACAAGAUUAUACUGGGCUCAUCUUCUAUUGCACGCCGGAAGAUAUUAGCUGAAAUGGGUUACCGAUUCACGACAAUGACUGCAGAUAUUGAUGAGAAAAGCAUCCGAAAGGAAACUCCAGAAGAGUUGGUCAUGGCUUUAGCUGAAGCCAAGGCUGAUGCCAUCAUCUCAAAACUCCAAACAACCAAUAGUCAAGAGGCUGUUGAUGAAUCAACAAUUUUAAUUGCAGCAGACACAGCAGAAGCUAUUUUAAAGAGGCUCCCCGUUGAUGAUCACAUAAAGGAUGCUGAGCCGACAUUAUUAAUUACUUCUGAUCAAGUGGUGGUCUAUGAAGGCGUGAUAAGGGAAAAGCCAUCGAACAAAGAUGAAGCUCGGCAAUUCUUGAAAGAUUAUUCUGGAAAGUGUGCAGCAACUGUGGGAUCUGUACUAGUUACAAACCUCAAAACAGGGUUCAGAAAAGGAGGAUGGGAUCGUGUGGAGAUCUAUUUCAAUGAAAUACCAGACGAGAUCAUCGAGCAGCUGAUUGACGAGGGAGUUACACUCAACGUUGCUGGGGGUCUUAUAAUUGAGCAUCCUUUAAUAUUGCCAUUGGUCAAAGAAGUGGUUGGGACAACUGAUAGUGUGAUGGGACUUCCUAAAGCUCUGACUGAAAAUCUCUUAAAGCAGGCUCUGUAGCCGUUGCUGCCCUUUCCCCUUGGCAGACUUGUUUAUUAACAUGCUAUGAAUCCACAUACCGCAUUUUCUAAGAACACAAUUUUUUUUGACUGAAGGAAGUGUGUGUCAUUAAUGGCCUGAGGACGCUAUAUUCUGCCGGAACGAAUUGGCAGUUAUUUCUGGGCUUGCUUCAUUCCUAUUUUUAUUUAUAUUAUAAUUUUAAAAUAUUC